AUGGCUCCUGCACUUUUGACCAGCUUCCCUCCUCUCUGUGUGUGUCUCCUGCUGACUUAUGGCUUUGCUGAGGCAGGCAAAUUGCUGGUAGUACCCAUGGAUGGGAGCCACUGGUUUACCAUGCGUGCGGUGGUGGAGGAACUCAUCCACAGAGGCCAUGAGGUGGUUUUAAUCAUGCCAGAAGUGAGUUGGCAACUGGGAAAAUCUUCCAAUUUUACAGUGAAGACUUAUUCCACAGCUUACACUCUGGAGGAGUUCAAUCAGCAUUCCAAGAUUUUCUCUGACUCUCAGUGGAAAACUCGGCAACAAAGUUUACUUUCUUUGAUAAUGAGUUCAUCCAGCAACAUUUUUCAAGACUUUUUUUUACAUUGUAAGAAUUUGUUUAAUGACACAAAAUUAAUAGAAUACAUAAAGGAGAGUUCUUUUGAUGCAGUGUUUAUGGAUCCUUUUGAUAUGUGUGGCUUAAUUGUAGCCAAGUAUUUUUCACUCCCAUCUGUGGUCUUCACCAGGGGAGUAUUUUGCCAUUAUCUUGAAGAAGGCACACAGUGUCCCAGACCCCCAUCCUAUGUUCCUAGAUUUUUCUUAGCAUUCUCAGAUACCAUGACUUUCAGAGAGAGAGUAUGGAAUCAUAUCUUCUACUUGGAGGAACAUCUAUUUUGUUAUUAUUUUUUUAGAAAUGCUAUAGAAGUUGCAUCCGAGAUUUUCCAAAAAACUGUCACACCGUAUGAUCUCUACAGCCAAACGUCGAUUUGGUUGUUAAGAACUGACUUUAUUUUGGAAUAUCCCGGACCUGUGAUGCCCAACAUGGUCUUCAUUGGAGGCAUCAACUGCCAGGAGAGAAAGCCAUUGCCAAAGAUGGCCUGCCUCCUCCACAUGUUUCAGAAAGUUCUCUUCUUAGUGCUCUGGGCGGGGGUUGUAGGUGACAAAAUGCUGGUGGUCUCUCAGGUUGGAAGCCACUGGCUCAGUAUGAAGGACAUAGUUGAGCUCCUCAGUGAAAAGGGGCAUGACAUUGUGGUGCUGGUACCAGAAGUCAAUUUGCUUCUGAAGGAAUCCAAGCACUACACAAGAAAAAUCUACCCAGUGCCAUUCGACCAGAAAGAGCUGGAGAAUCGUUACCACUCUUUUGGAAACAAUCACUUUGCUGAGAGAUGGCUCCUGAACGCUGCUCAGAUGGAGUACAGGAAUAGCAUGAUUGUUAUUGACAUGUACUUCACCAACUGCCAGAGCCUCCUGGAGGACGCGGCCAUCCUGAGUGUCCUCAGGGAGAGCAAGUUCGAUGCCCUUUUCACAGACCCAGCCCUAUCCUGCGGGGCCAUCCUGGCCGAGUACCUGGGCCUGCCCUCUAUGUACCUCUUCAGGGGCUUCCCAUGCUCCCUGGAGCAUACAAUGAGCAGGAGCCCAAACCCUGUGUCCCACAUUCCCAGAUGCUACACUCAGUUCUCAGACCAGAUGACGUUCCCCCAACGGGUGGCCAACUACCUCGUUAAUUACUUGGAGACCUAUCUGUUCUACUGCCUGUAG